GAGCAUGCGUUGCAUGCGUACCAGCGGUGCUAUUGGGAUAUAGUGCUAGAACAUAUGAACAUAUAAGCUGGGGGGAGAACAUUCGUAACAGUUUAUUCUAUAAUAAGAUGGCUUCUGUCGCUUCAGCUUCGCCCUCGGCGCAAAGCCACCGCCGUACCGAAUCUAACGAAGACUCCGAUUCCUGGCAAUAUAUUGGAUCCAACGUCGGGUCGAACCCAGCCUCUGUCUUUUCCCCGAGUCCAGUCAGUGGUGCUGGAAGUAUGAACAGUUGGGUUAUACCAAGAUAUCCGAAUCACGUUGAGCGUUCGCCGCAAGGAAUGUCGCCAUUAGAUCUAAAUACGGAAUCACAGACCGCAUUCUCUACGUCUUACCCCGAUCAGACAGCAACUUCGCUAAAGCCAAAUGCUGGGGGACUCAACACGCAGUUCAUAGGUAGCGUUCCAGGCGGAACGGAGCAGUUUGCACCGGAUCCGGACUUCAUGUUUCAGGAGCCGUUUGACAGCACCUUCGAUCUCUCAGAAUACUACAAUCCGCUCGAUGAUUUCGAUGCCUCGAGUAUUACUGGACUGGAGGGGUUCGAUAUCCCAACCCAAACAGCUGACCUCAGCGUUCCAGCGCACUAUCGCUCCUCCGAAGACCAUGCAUUGCCAUGGAAUGCAGCUAAUCUUAGGAAAGAUGAACAGGCGUUCGAAUUCAUCUCUUCUGAUGCGUCGCAGCACUCUUCUUCAAAUAGUGGCCGCUUGUCGUCCAGUCCUGUUUCGCCAGGUAUUAAAUUAGAGAAGGCGCCAAGCCCUCUGCGAAAGAUUCAAGGGAAAAACAACAAAAUUGAGAAGAAGAAGGCGGAGCCAGCGAGUAGAUUUGUGAUCAUGACACCAACAAUCAUCAAUGCCUCUGCUGGUAAGCCAAACCCGUACGAGUGCUUUGAGGCGAUGCGACCCUCUCAUAAGGGCAGAAAAGGUCCUUUGGCAAAUGAGACGAAGGAAUCUGCUCUUCAGGUGAGACGACGUGGGGCAUGCUUCUGUUGCCAUGCACGGAAAGUAAAGUGUGAUACACAGAGGCCAUGCAAAAACUGCACCAAACUCACAGCUGCUGUGCCUCAAAUCAUGUGCUGGCAAUUUCAGGACUUCCUUCCUGUGCUAUUCCCGGACUUCAUACGAGGUCAUUUUAAGAAAGACCAAAUGGCUUCGUUCUUCAGUCAACACAUUGAGAGCUUUACUAUUGGCGGGGUUGAACAAUCCUGUGAAGUUGAACUCUUCUCAGGAACCCGUUUUGACUCUACACUCACAGUUCGAGCAAAUUUCUUUACAGCAAAGACUAGCGAAGUCCUCCAACAUUGGCAUAUGAAUGUCGGCAUGAACCAACUCGACCUGCAGACUCGUGAUGCUGCACCGAUUGGUAUUGAUUUGGAUAAUGCACCAUAUAGAGACGACCUGCGGAAAAAGACUCGAGAUUAUAUCCAAAGAAUUACGCUUGAGCCGCAAUUCGCUGAGCAGGUCACAGAUUCAUUCAGACACACAGACUUGCCAUGCAAAGUACUAAAGAUUGUGCAAAGGUUUAGCCAGAGAUCUGACUCUUCAAUGGUGAAGAAGGCAUUAUCGAUAUAUGCUAUGCACUAUAUCUUGACUCGCCAUCUAUGCAUGACCCCCGCAUCUAUUCACAGUCUUCAGGGUACGAAUUUGAUACCUCGAAAUGUGCCUUGGCUCACUCCCCGGGUACUCAAUCGCCAAGUGAAAUCCAUACUCGACGAGCAACUUCUCAAGGAAAUGCAGUCUCUUUUUGAUGGCUUCUCAAAAUCGUUGAAGCCCAAGUCACGAAAAGAAUGGGCUCCGUGUCUUGCCGCAUUUCUGGUAUUAUGCCUCUUCAUGGAAGCUUUAGAGACCGCCGCGGAUACCUUUGUGGCCUCACAGAACGAAAUCAACAUUCGCAAUCAGGCGAAGCCGGGGUACAAGCAGGAUUUUGCGCGGCAAAUAUGCAAAGAAGUUGAAAACAUGCCGUUCAAGCAGUUUGCGUACCAAUUCCAUCAGGUCUAUCAGACGCACACCAAAGAUGCAGCGACAAAGGCCUUUAAUCCACUUUUGGAUGGUAGUUUCGCUGAACAAGGCGAACUGGACGGGCCAACACACGAGAUGGUCUUAGCAUUGAGAAAAUUGCUCCAAGGCGACUCUUAUUAUGAGCUUGACUUCCUGGUGGCUGAUCCGAUUUUGCCAAACGAGGGGACUCAUCCCUUCCCUCGUGAUGUCUCAUUGAACUACACAGGUCGUCUACUGGCAAGGUUCCUGUUGUCAUUCGAGGAUGACAGGUAUCUGUUCGAUGGCAGAUAUUAACGACAUUGUUCAAGAUAGUCAUAACGGGAUGAUGCAUAAUUAAUGAAUGCCGCGUGGAACAUGCAGUUGUGGUCUAAGAAAAUAUCUCCACGAUUCAAUUGUAGGCUCGCACGUCAAAGCUUUUCCGAGGGAAGUCGAUGUAGUGCUUUCUUUACACCUUGGGGUUCAUAACAUGUAGGCGUUGGAACCUCUUAGAAUGGCUUUCAUCAGGCAC